GCAAGUCGCGAUAUCCUAAGAAAGCUUGAGAUAGUCAAUUUCUAACCGAAACAGUAUUUGGUACAAUUCUUUUUAAUUUUUAAAGACUACUAAAGAGGAAAUAAAAGGCUUCAUGUGAAGUACUGGUGUGUUUGUGUUGUAGUAAGGAACACACAAUACACCAAGUUUUACAGUUAGACAACUUUGCAUGAAUUUACCUUUUGGACUUGACAAAGUUGAAGCAAACGAAGGAAUUCAGUAGAAACAUAACAGUAAAUGAGCUCUUAUUCUUACCCUUUAAAUCCUGUGGCUUGUUAAGGUGAAAGUGGAAAUAGGCCAUCUUUUAUUGAUUGUAAACUGUUUUAGAAAAGAAGUUUGUGUCGAUCCUAAAAUCAUCCAUCAAAUAUUUCCUUAAAAUUUAUUUAUUUGUGUUAACCGAAAGAGAAAGUUGAGGACAAAUUCAACUGUCUUUCUUUCACAAUAUCUGAGAAAAUGCCAAAGUUAAUUCGUCGCUCGUCUCUAAAAUCUAGAAUCCUGAAUUUCCCUAUUGACUUUUUAAUUUCCAUCUCUGAAGACUUUGAUAGUGUGGAAUGGGAUAAGGUAUCGGAGAGGUGGUCCAUUCCUUUAAGUCUGGUGUCUAAUAUACUAUUCAUUUUUAUUUGUGCAUACCUGGAAAACACCAAGACGCGAUUAAAUCGUAGUCAACUGUUUAUAGGUACCAGAUCAGCCAAAGCAACGAGUUCUUGGUUUAGAGGAUUUCUUUCAUUCUUUUUAUUAUGUCUUGUGGCCUUCAGUAUCAUCAAUAUAUUCAGCUGCUUCUCUUUCCAAAAAAAGACAUAUAGAACACUCCCUCAAUCUGAUAAGAAUGUUCAAACAACACCAGGGUUGCGGCCUGCUCAUUCAGAACCAAAUGAAAAUGAAAAAAGAAGUUUUGAAUUAGUCGUUUGGUCUCCUAACGUAUUCUCUCUUUACUUUUCCUGUCUAUUUUCUCCUAUCCAUCUAUUGAUUCUAUGGAUUUACAUUCUAUCUCCUAAGAUUAUUCUUUUAAGCGUUAUAUUUUCUCUUCAACUUUUUUUCAUUGCUAGAAGGUUCAAAGAUAUGAUGAAGGACAGGGAUUGUCUUCAUCAGCAAGUUUUCUAUGAAUAUGACAAAAAGUUUGUUGAGCCUCGACUAUCCGUCGUGAAAAGAGACGUUGCUACAAACACUAGUUAUGGUCCAGUGAGUGCUGCUGUCGAGUAUUAUUCUCCAAAACGACCAAUCGAUGCGUUUUUGGAACACAAAACCUCACCCUCUGUUCGCAGCCCUAAAACACCUGGUAGUCCUCUUUUCACAUACCGGAGAGGAAACCGUCAUUCUCUUGCCGCGUCGGUUCCUAGAGAAAGCAACUCCCCGUUAAAACGAUUUUCCCGUUUUACACCUGAGCGGCGACACUUUGAGGGCUAAUGACCGUUCUCGAAAACAAGAGCCUAAUGAUUGAAAUCGAAAUUACAAUGUCUACAUAUGUUUGUACCCUAUGAUCGUCAUAAGUAAUAGCUUUAUUCAUCUAUCAACUUUUUCGAUCAAAAACAUCAUCCAGUUUGUCUUUAUUUUUAUCUUGAUGUUUCUGUGAACAAGAGUUUCUAUAAUUAUAGUGGGUACAGUGCCCCAAACAUAUAUGCAUUACUUUUUUUUCCCGGUUGAUUCAUUUCUAAAUUCACACAUUAUAACACCAUACCAUUUAAAUCAAACCUUUUGUGCCGCUUGCAUCAUAGGAGUAACUAUAGGUGAAAACGAUUAUCCGCAUUAAAAAUAUUUAACAAGAAGUAGAUUAUGAAAAAAAAAGUAAACAAGAGGAUGGUACGAAAUGCCUUUAUGUUCUCUAAUUCUGUACAUCAACAGACUGACAUUACGAUGGAUAUGAGUACAGAUAUAUACAAUAUGUUUUGAGUGGAAUGAUAAAGCCCACAUGUGUUACAAGCCAAAUGGAAGACAAGGAAAAUUGAAAAAAGAGUAUAGAAUUCAUGAUAUCCAGAAAGUCGACCAUCUCAUGUCUCAGAAGUAACUUGCAGAAAUUGUAUAAGUUUCAUAAUUGCCGGUCUAUAGCUAAAAAAAAAUAGCAAUGUAAAUAGUGAUCGAAGCAUCUUUUACGAAUAAAGUCAGGGAGCACCAAACAUAUGGAUAUGGUAUGAGCACAAUCACUUCUAACAACUUUAUGUCCAGAAAAAUGCUUCCUAAGCUCUUUUAAGCACCUUAUACUGACACACAGUACAUAAAAGAUGUGUGUUACAACAAAACUAUGUCUAUGUUCAGAUAGCCAAAUCAUUAACAUUCGCUUAUAAUCGAUGACCUGAAUAAUCUAUCACGAAUGCGAGCGCCCUUAGAGUAAUAGAAACAAACGCCAGUAUAAUAUAAAAACAAA